GGACAGGGGAGGGACUGCGCAGGCGCAGAAAAGGGGGCGGGGGACUCGGCUUGUUGUGUUGCUGCCCGAGAACCAGAGACGGUCUUGCUGCGGCCGCAGCUCUUCCAGCCGCCCGACAAUGUCGUCUCAUUUAGUAGAGCAGCCGCCGCCCCUGCACAACAACAACAACAACUGCGAGGACGGUGAACAGUCUCUGCCCCCGCCAGCCGGCCUCAACAGUUCCUGGGUGGAGCUACCCAUGAACAGCAGCAAUGGCAAUGAUAAUGGCAAUGGGAAAAAUGGGGGGCUAGAGCAUGUACCGUCCUCAUCUUCCAUCCACAAUGGAGACAUGGAGAAGAUUCUUUUGGAUGCACAACACGAAUCAGGACAGAGUAGUUCAAGGGGCAGUUCUCACUGUGACAGCCCUUCCCCACGAGAAGACGGGCAGAUCACAUUUGAUGUGGACAUGCACACCAGCAGGGACCACAGCUCUCAGUCAGAAGAAGAAGUUGUCGAAGGAGAGAAAGAAGUUGAUGCUUUGAAGAAAAGUGUAGAUUGGGUUUCCGACUGGUCCAGCAGACCUGAAAACAUCCCACCAAAGGAGUUCCACUUCAGACACCCCAAACGUUCUGUUUCUUUAAGCAUGAGGAAAAGUGGAGCCAUGAAGAAAGGGGGUAUUUUCUCCGCAGAAUUUCUCAAGGUGUUCAUUCCAUCUCUCUUCCUUUCACAUGUUUUGGCUUUGGGGCUAGGCAUCUAUAUUGGAAAACGACUGAGCACACCCUCUGCCAGCACCUACUGAGGAAAAGAAAAGCCCCUGGAACAGCGUGUGACCUGUGAAGUGGUGUAUUGUCACAGUAGUUUGUUUGAACUUGAGACCAUUGUAAGCAUGACCCAACCUGCCCCCCUCUUUUUACAUAUCCAAGUUCCAGUAACUCUCAAAUCCAGUAUUUUAUUCAAACUCUGUUGAGGCAUUUUACUAACCUCAUUCCCUUUUUGGCCUGUAAGACACUUUAGAAUUUCCUAACAGAGUUUACUGUUGUUUAGAAAUUUGCAAGGGCUUCUUUUCCGCAAAUGCCACCAGCAGAGUAUAAUUUUGUCAACAAUGCUGUUGUCUCCUUUUAGUACCACCAGACUUAGACCUGCAUCGUCCAUGGUGUAAAUUUUACUCUUGCAAGAUCAGUACCAUCUCUCUCUUAAAACAAGAUCAGGUUAGCAAAUGAUGUAAAAGCUUUGUUCUUUUGUUUUUCAAGACAAAGACAAGCUUCCCUAAGCUUGAAUUUAUAAUUAUUAAAGAAGAAAACAAAAAUAAAAAAAACAAAACAUAAGAAGAAAAAUAUCCUGGGCAAUAAAAAAUUAUUUUAAACCAUCUUUGGAGCCACUUUUUGUCUAAGCCUCCUGAUGGCGCCUUUAAUUUGUAGGAGGCAGACUAUAUCAGUGAUAGGUCGGCAUAGAAUAAGAACUCGAAUACAUCAGUUUUAAUACUAGUGUGUAGUAAUGCUGUCUUUUCUAUGCUGUAGAAUCUUUAUUUCUGAUAAGGAACGUCUCAGGCCUAGACAUACAUGAAAUUGCUUUUGGGAUUUUUGUGUGUGUGUUUGGUAUUUUUAUGUUUAUUAGCUGCAUGUGAAUUUUUCAUGAUUUUCUUUAAAUUUUUUUUAUUUCUUUUCUUUUUCCUAACAAGAGGCUUUGGAAUGAGUUCCAGUUUGUGGUAUAACUACAGGCUUCUUGUUUUAGGAAGCAUCACUUAUCCUCUGAAGCCUUUAAACUCUGAAGACAAUUGUUCAGAGUUAUUCCAAGCACUUGUGCAACUUUGAAUAACAGACUUGGUUUGUGGGAACAGUUGACAAAGUUCUGAAAAGAUGCCAUUUGUUGUCUUCUCUCUCUCUCUUUUCAAUGUUUACUGUGCAAUCUUCCCAAGGUGAUUCCUGUGAUUCUGCAGGCACUGGUCGUUUUCUUGUGUAGCCAUCUUUUGAGUUAAGUUAAACUCUUGAAGUUCCAGAACACUCAACAACUUCCUUCAAUGAUAUACGUUUUUUGUUUGUUUUUAAAAUGUGAAGCUUUAGGACCAAAUUGUUAGAAGGCAUCAGGAUUACCAGUUAUUUCAAGUAGAUUUAUUGGAUUUCAGAACAUAGCAUGACUCCGAAGGAUACCGUUAUAUGUUUUAUAUAUAAAUAAUUACUGUUUAUGAUAUAGACAUUACUAUGGAAUAUUUACAGAACCAUUGUUAAUUUUAAAACUAGCAAUCUAUUCAUUAAAUAAAGUGCAUCAGGUUGACUUGAAUAAAAACACUAUGAGAACCAGGUUUGCCAGUUUGCAGAGACUAACUCUUUCUUUCUCUCACAUCAAGUUUUGUAAAAUUGAUGUGUUAUAGUGGAAAAUAACAUACAGAUUAAACAAAAAAAUUAAUUUCUGACUAUCUUUUUUCAAGAAUAUAGCUGACUUUAUUACCAUCUUUAAGAAAGAUGAUAUAUGCAGAAUAGUUUUCUGAAUUAUUUUACUUUGUUCUUCUUUCUAGCAUUUGAUGUCUAAAUAAUUUUGGACGUCUUUUUAUUAUACCUUGUUUCUGUCUUGUUCUUAAACCUGGUAACACUUGAUUUUCCUUCUAUAACCUGUUUAUUUCAUGUGUUCCUAUUUGAAUUUCUUUGGGAAGAAAGUAAAUCUGGUGGCCCACUGAUUUUGAAAAACCUGAAUAAAGUUGGAAAGGCUGGUGACGUUAAAGAGAACUAAAUAGCUAAACUGCUAUAAUAGUUUGUAUUACAACUGGUAUCAUGGGAGAGAAAAGUCAAAUUUUACUUAAAAUAAGAGCAACUUUUUACAGGCAGCACAUUGCCCUCUUUUGAAAUUCAGUAGCAAUUGUUAUCAGUAGUGUGAUUGAACUUGGGUGUAUUUUUAAUUUUUUCAACAUUGAAAAUAAACUUAGUUCUGCCCUUUUUCAUAAAAUAUCUGUGAAAUUUUGGACUAUUACUUAAAACAUGAAUACAGGAUCACAGUAGAACUUAUAAGCUGAAAUCAUGCGGUAUUUAUUGAUAGCCCUAACAUACGGGAUAAAUGUUUAUGCUUCUACCCAGAUUUCUGUUGAACGGAAACAGAUUAUGUGAUUGGAGAGGAGAAUUCAACAAUUAACAGUUGACAUUUUAAGAUUAAUGUUUAAAAAGUUUGAUACCUGUUUAUAGUUUGGAGACAAAAAGGCAGGUUUCGUUUUUCUUAUGUUUGAUGAAAACUGGCUUAAAAUAUUUGUAAAUAGAAAUAAGAGCAAAACUGCACAAACUUGCACAUUGAAAAGUGCAGCAAGUUACUUCAAUUGCAGUAAAAAUAUUUACGAUUCUAAAAAUGGAAAUUGAAGACUUAGCCAGUGAGAUAAAUUUUUAAGUGAACCAGUUGUUGAAAUGAUUGGAGUAACUGAGCCAAAGUGAUUAUGCAUUAUUCAUCUAUUUAGUUAGCACUUUGUAUCAUUAUAUACAGUUUACAAUACGUGUAUAACUUGUAGCUAUAAACAUUUUGUGCCAUUAAAGCUCUCACGAACCUU